AUGGGACGCGUUAUCCGUGCUCAACGUAAGAGCGGUGGUAUUUUCACUGCUCACACGCGCCUGAACAAGGCGCCUGCUAAGCUGCGCCCAUUUGACUUUGCUGAGCGCAACGGUUACGUUCGCGGUCUUGUGAAGGACAUUAUCCACGAUGCUGGACGUGGUGCUCCUCUUGCUCGUGUCACAUUCCGUGACCCUUACCACUACAAGCAGGUCACUGAGACGUUUAUCGCUCCCGAAGGUUUGCACACGGGUCAGUUUGUGUACUGCGGUAAGAAGGCCAUGCUUAACGUCGGCAACGUGCUUCCUCUGAGCUCGCUCCCUGAGGGUACGAUUGUGUGCAACGUCGAGGAGAAGGUCGGUGACCGCGGAGCGCUCGCGCGUACGUCGGGCAACUACGCCACUGUGAUCGGUCACGACCUCGACUCGGGUGUGACCCGUAUUCGUCUGCCCUCGGGCGCCAAGAAGACGGUGCCGAGCUUCGGCCGUGCUACUGUCGGUGUUGUUGCCGGUGGUGGUCGUAUUGACAAGCCCUUGCUCAAGGCCGGCCGUGCCUACCACAAGUACCGCGUCAAGCGCAACUGCUGGCCUCGCACUCGUGGUGUGGCCAUGAACCCCGUUGACCACCCUCACGGUGGUGGUAACCACGAGCACAUUGGUCACUCGUCGACCGUCAAGCGUGGCUCCGUGCCAGGUCAGAAGGUCGGUCUUAUUGCUGCCCGUCGCACCGGUCUCCAGCGCGGUACCAUCAAGGUCCGCGACGCCUAA